AUGAUAGGCUCGUCGAAGAGACUUUUUUCUGUUGGCAGGCCUGUUUUGGCGGCGGCACGAACAAAUGUGUCUUCUGCUUCAAUCGAUAAUAAAGAGGUGGAAAUGUUCUCUGGCCUCUCAAGUGAAUGGGCCGAUGAGUUGGGACCAUUCAAUGCGUUACAUUCACUAAACAGAGUUCGAGUACCUUGGAUUGUUGGAAACAUUCCUAGAACACGGAAUUCUACGCCGAGAGUAGUUGAUGUGGGCAGUGGUGGCGGUCUCCUUUCGAUUCCAUUGGCUCGAAGUGGUUUGAAUGUUAUCGGAAUCGAUGCUACUCUUGAAGCGGUGGAGGCGGCAAAAAAAGCGCUUGAAUCGAAGCCAUUAGCAAUGUCAAAAAUCAACGAGCAACUUUGUUUCGAAUGGACGAGCGUUGAGGAUUUCAGCAAGAAGGGGGAAAAUAUUGGAAAAUUUGACGCCGUAAUCGCAUCGGAAAUAAUUGAGCAUGUCGCCGACAUUGGCGGAUUUGUCAAAUCGUUGGCGGCGUUGGCGCGGCCGGGAGCGCCAUUAUUCUUCACCACGAUGAAUCGCACGAUUUUCAGCAAAUUGGCCGCCAUAUGGAUAGCUGAGGAUAUUCUCGGAGUCGUUCCGAAAGGUGUUCACGAUUGGGCGAAGUUCAUCACGCCCGCUGAAUUGUCGCGGGUGAUCGAUGAGGCCGGUUGUCGUGUUCAGUCGCUGCAAGGCCUAAACUAUGAUCCGUUCGGCAACAAGUGGUCUUGGACAUCGUCGACGCGGUGCAAUUAUGCGCUAAUGGCGAUUAAAGAAUAA